AUGGCAACGAGCAAUAUCGGAGGUGGAAAGGCAAUGAAAUUCGGGGCCGAGACCGCGCAAAACCGGAUUGAAAGGUGUGGAGUUGAGUUGCUCUGCGCACACUAUUAUGGCGCUAUUACCCGAAUGUGUUGCUACGACAGAAGCAAUGCGGGACAUGGCCAGUCAGAGGAGAAUAUUUCCGAGCCGAACCAAUACCGGGGGCGGGUCCUCACUAUCUGCUGCCGUGGCAAUGAUACUUUGCCAAUGCGGAGAUCUUUCCCCACGGAUAGUACCAGAGACCUCAUAUCAAACCUGGAUAAUAAUGUCAGUGCGGAGUACGGAGUACUGGACAAAUCUCAAACCGGCAAUUUCCGUUCUUUAAGAUCCGAUGAGAGAAAAACGCGCAAAGGAGGAGAGGAGCACUUAAAACGUGCUUCAUCCCGCGGGGAUGUAUCAUAA